CUGAUUCUGUGUCAUUAUCUGCACUGGACUCCAGGCUUAUUUGAUUCCCGGCACCAUGAAGGGUUUUAGGAUUAUCACUUUAACCCACGGACUCACACUUUUACUAUUGGCAGCUUUUAUCUCGCAGUCAUGGAGUGCACCCAAGGGCUCCUUCCAGAGGAGAAACUGGACCCCACAAGCUAUGUUAUACCUGAAGGGCACACAGGGACGUAGGUUCAUCUCUGAGGACCGAAAAGAGGGAGAUGUCUAUGACACGCUACACUUAGAGACCCGCAGCCAGAACACUGAGAAGCUGAGCGUGGACCAGGCAGCCACCGUCCUGCUCAACUUCCUGCAGCAGGCCAGAGAAGCUGAUGAAAACCCAGAUGACCUAUAUUUUCAGGAGCUUCCGGUGUGGAAGAGAGAGUACUUCUGAGAGCGCCCAUACAGCCGCCGGUCAUCGUCUCUCGUUUGAAGUGUCAAGUUUUGUGUGAUGGAGACAAACAACUGCUUUGUAAAUGUAAUUAUCUAUCUGU